AUGGGGGACGCAGGCCCGCCAGACGCCGUCACCCCGGGAACCGGCGGCCCCACCACCCAGGACGGGCUGCACCAGAAACACGGCAGGGAAGGCACCGCGGCCGUGAACUUCUCCUGCCUCAUCUACGCCGUCCGCUUCAUGAACUGCAGCUGGGCGCCCGGCCCCGCCGCGCCCGCCAACGUGCGGUACCGGCUGUACUCCUGGGACAGCGCGGACGCCGAGGAGAAGGAAUGCGUCCACUACCUGACGGACUCGAUGGGGACGCGCGUGGGCUGCCACUUCGACCGGCUCGGGGAGCCCAAGAGGACGGACAACUACUUCUUCUUGCUGAACGGAACCAGCAAAGACGGGGCGGUGCAGUUCGUGGAUUUUACCCCGUUCGUGGCCGUCAACAUGGAGAGGUACGACCCCCCGGCCAACCUCUCGGCCAGCUUCGACGGCUCCCGCCUCGUCAUCCGCUGGGACAACCCCGAGACCAGGUUCGACCUGGCCAGCCACGUGUUGUGCUACGAGCUGGACCUGCAGGGGAAGGGCGGCUCCCCAAAGAAAGACCCGGUUUUCCAGAGAGGACAAGACCGAAACGUGUACGUGGUGCCCGGGUCCGAGGCGAGGACGGAGAGCACCGUGCGCGUGCGGGUCCGCCACCUGCGCAACCGGAUCUGGAGCGAGUGGAGCGGCGCGCUGCGCUUCGGUCACCUGGGAAGGGACCCACCUGCCGCCAGACUCGCAGGAACCCGAGGACAUCCUCACGGUGGAGGAGACGAUGCCGUAAUUUUCGAGUGGACGAGCAGAGAUUCAGGCUUCGGCACCACGCUCCACGUCUGCAGACUGUCCUUUCUGUGUGUCGUUACCUUGAGCGAGUGUCACAAAUUGUGCUGUCAGUGAAUAAUCCCUAACUACAUGAGCAACAUCAAAACUCCACGUGCAACAUCAAAACUCCCUGAGCAACAUCAAAACUCCCUGAGCAACAUCAAAACUCCCUGAGCAACAGCAAAACUCCACGUGCAACAUCAAAACUCCACGUGCAACAUCAAAACUCCACGUGCAACAUCAAAACUCCACGAGCAACAUCAAAACUCCACGUGCAACAUCAAAACUCCAGGUGCAACAUCAAAACUCCACGUGCAACAUCAAAACUCCAGGUGCAACAUCAAAACUCCACGAGCAACAUCAAAACUCCACGAGCAACAUCAAAACUCCAGGUGCAACAUCAGAACUCCACGAGCAACAUCAGAACUCCAACAGCGACAUCAGAACUCCAACAGCAACAUCAAAACUCCACGUGCAACAUCAAAACUCCACGAGCAACAACCAGACUCCACGCACAACAUCAAAACUCCACGUGCAACAUCAAAACUCCACGAGCAACAUCAAAACUCCACGAGCAACAUCAAAACUCCACGAGCAACAUGAAAACUCCAAGAGCAGCAUCAAAACAACAUCAAAACUCCACGUGCAAGAUCCAAACUCCACGUGCAACAUCAAAACUCCAAGAGCAACAUCAAAACUCCACAUGCAAGAUCCAAACUCCACGUGCAGCAUCAAAAAUCCAAGAGCAACAUCAAAACUCCACGUGCAAGAUCCAAACUCCACGUGCAGCAAGAGAAGCUGCCACCGAAGGUGAGCACACACACAGCGGUGGAAGAGAUGUCAGGAGAUCAAGCCAGAUGCCGGCCUCCAGGUGCAGAGUCUCGUCAGGCAAAAGCCCCCGGGGAAUAGCCAGAGACGCGCAUUGAAACACCAGCGUGUCUCCCGCUUCCAUUCUGGGUCUCUGGUCGCCAUUGGCCCAAGUCGCUGGCCGGGGGGCGUCCCCGUGGUCAGACGGUCUGAAACACCGGGCGAGAUUGUAUCUGCACGUUAGCAGUUUGCAAACCUGUCCCAGAACCUUGCCUUGUUUUUUGUGUUUUUUUUUUUAACAUGGAAAGGAUCAGAAAUGAGGGGCAGCGUCUUCCCGCCGACCCACCCCCAAGAGCAGCGAUCUGCGAAGAACUGGCAGGAAGGAAACUGCUAGAGCAUCCCAACGCGGUGUCUUGCAGCCACGCAAAACCCACGCAGCUAAGUCUUGAGGCCGUCGGGCACCGGGCUGGCCUACUCGCAGUUGUCCUUUGUGCCCGCGUGUGUGCUAGGAAUUCCAGCAGGGUGCUCUCGGGAGCAGCGGCUCGUGGCCUGGAGGGCCAGGUGUUUCCUGGUGGCUGGGCGUGUGCAUUGUGUCAUUUUUACGUGGUUGCAUGACUUUGUCCGCAAGGAGGGUCCGUCUGAGCAAUGCGGACAUGGCCUGUGGGCAGACGCUUUGCUGGGAAGGUGGCUGCCCAGCUCGAGGGGAGUCACACCGCGCGGGUAGCUAUUCGACCGAUCGGAUACUGGACCAGUCAUGAAAAAGAAACAAAGCAGGUAGAAAGCAGAGGGGAACACGUAAAAGCAGGUGACUCCGUGGUGCAUUACCAGCCGGUGAAAUAUCUCAACGCCUUACUGGAUUCUUGAUGCUGUCGAGAAUAAGCCGUUGGCACUCGCGCCUGGGGGUCGACCCAGUGCACCAGAUGAUGCGAUGGGCGGCAAAGGUGCGGGGACGCGUGUGUUCGCUGGGGCGUUGUGUGCAAUGCAUUAAAAAAAAAAGGAAAAGCACCUACGUGUUUGUUCACAGCAGACAAGUUUUAAAAUUGGGGCAUCUGAGACAGAUUUUGAAAUGUCCUGUUUGUUCACGAGGGAAGAUAGUCACGGUAUUUUAUAGUAAAGUGGAACAGGCACAGCAGCACAUGUGGGCUAAGAUUCCUUGCAAGAGAAAAUUGUGCAUGUGUGUGUGAUGCAUGUGUGUGUGCAUGAAUGCAUGUGUGUGCAUGUGCACACAU